AUGAAUCCAGACUAUGGCUGGGGCACGAAAGAUGAAGACGACAGGACUGUGCGCUUCUCAGUCGAUCGUCGCGAUGUCGAAGCUACCGGCUCGAUACAGAAAGCGAGAGACCCCCAGUAUGAUCCUGCAACAGGUACAGUGAAGCCUGUAGGCUCGCUCGGCCCGUGGCAGGCGGCCAUCAUCUUUAUUACCAACGAAGUCGGGAUAGGCAUCUUGAGCUUGCCGGCGGCACUAAACGUGCUUGGCCUCAUUCCCGGUAUCAUCAGCAUCAUCGGCAUGGGCACCUUGUCACUAUAUACUGCGUACAUACUGGUCCAAUUUUACCGGCGGUACCCACACGUCGUCAACAUUGUCGACUAUGGAAGAAUCAUUGGCGGGAAGCCACUGGAAGUCAUUUUCGCAAUUGGCUUCAUCAUCAACUUGAGCUUGAUCAGCGCUUCAGCAGUUAUCACUAUGUCCAUCGGCAUCAAUACCAUCUCGGAACACGCAGCUUGCACGGUCAUAUGGAUUGGAAUAGCUUGCCUGGCAUGCUAUCUGCUUUGUCUGCCUCGAACGAUGAUGUUCGUCUCCCACUGCGGUUGGCCGUGCACCGUGUCGAUCGUCGCCGCCGUCAUCAUCCCAAUGGCUGCAUUGGGCGUCAGUGGUCCCGCAAAUGCUCCACCAGGUUCAUCGAUCGCUAUCAAGCUAGUUGGCAAUCCGACGUUUUCUGAAGCUGUAUCAUCUUUCCUCAACAUCGGCUUCGCGUUUACCGGAAACCAAGCAUUCGUGACCGUCUUGGUCGAGAUGCGCGACCCUGCCCGUGACUUCACCAAGGCAAUCUUGAUCGAGAAGCCCUUCGCCAUCGCCAUAUACACCACCGUUGCUAUUGCCUGCUACUGCCUUGCUGGCGAGUACAUCACUUCCCCCGCGAUAGGAGCAGCUCCCGUCACCACAGCCAAAAUCUCCUACGGCAUCAUCUUCAUCUCCCUCCUCGGCACAGGCCUCGUCUUCGGCCACACCUCGAUCAAAUACCUCUUCGUCGUCGUGAUGCGCCACCUCAGUUUCUUCGAGCGGCGUAGCAGCCCGCUCAGAAAGCGCUCACGGGGAGUCCGAGGAGGAAACCGCAAACCAUCCGUCGAAGCCGACAUGAUGCGACGCCGCCAAUCCCAGCCCCACGACUCCCGCAGCGUCGUGUCCUGGAUCGCGUGGAUCGCCAUCGCCACGGCCUUCUGGAUCUUGGUGUUCGUCAUCGCCAACGCGAUCCCCGUCUUCAACUCGCUGCUCAACAUCAGCUCCUCGAUUCUGCUGGCCUGGUUCACGUGGGGUUUCCCGGUGGUUUUCUGGUUCCAUCUGAAUUGGAAGAAGAUGUUUAGUACUUGGAAGAAGACGGUGCUCGUGGUGUUGAACGUGUUUAUUUUGGCGAUUGUGGUUUUUAUGAAUACGGCGGGCAUGUAUGCUUCGGUCGACGGGUUGUUGACCAUCUUUGCGGAUCCGGACGGUGAAGUCAAUGGGCCGUUUACGUGCGCGGACAAUAGCAUAUUCUGA